AUGGGGAAAAGUAUGUCACAUUUGUCCAAGGAGGACUUGAAGUUUUUGCAGGAGAAUACCAAAUUCAAUAAGGACGAAAUUAAACAGUGGUACAAAGGCUUUAUGAGAGACUGCCCCGACGGUAAACUAUCUAAAGAAAAGUUUAAGGAAGUCUACGCCCAGUUUUUCCCUGGUGGUGACCCGGAAGCAUUCUGUGACCAUGUAUUCAGGUCGUUUGACAAGGACGGCAGUGGUUCCAUCGAAUUUAAAGAGUUCCUGCUGGCCAUUAACAUUACCUCCAACAAGGGUGACCCCAAGGAGAAACUCAACUGGGCCUUUUCUAUGUACGAUAUAGACGGCAACGGGACGAUAGACAAGUCAGAAAUGGAGAGUAUUAUCAAGGCCAUAUAUAACAUGCUAGGCAGUGCCAUCCAGGAUCAAGCUAUUGAAAGUCCCCAAGAGAGAACACUGAAAAUAUUCAAAAAAAUGGACACCAACGAUGAUGGGGUCCUGUCCAAGGAAGAGUUUGUCCAGGGAUGCAUGAAUGACCGGUGUCUGUAUCAGAUGUUAACAGCUGACGGGGAACCACCCAAGGAAUAA